GUCGGCCCAUUCUCUAGACGUGCACUCGUUCCGUGGUGGCUGUCCCGUCCGUUUAUUUUUGUAUUGUCGCAUAUAUUUUUUUUGUGAAUAUUUAUAGUUUAUAGUUGGCGUUGUGCGUGUGACUUCUGUGUUUUGUGUUUUGAUUCUCCCUACGACCAUAAGGCCGAAAAGAAGCAUGGCAUCCAGAGAUCGCUUGCCCGUAUUCCCCUCCCGCGGGGCCCAAACGCUGAUGAAAUCUCGUCUGGCUGGCGCCACCAAGGGACACGGACUGCUCAAGAAGAAGGCCGAUGCGCUGCAGAUGCGAUUUCGCCUCAUUCUCGGCAAGAUCAUUGAGACCAAGACCCUGAUGGGACAAAUGAUGAAGGAGGCCGCAUUUUCUUUGGCGGAGGCCAAAUUCACAACCGGCGACAUCAACCAAAUUGUGCUCCAGAACGUGACCAAGGCCCAAAUCAAGAUACGCACCAAGAAGGACAAUGUAGCCGGUGUCACGCUACCGGUGUUCGAGCCAUACAUUGAUGGAGUCGAUACCUACGAGCUGGCCGGUCUGGCUCGUGGUGGCCAGCAGCUGACGAAGCUGAAGAAGAACUACCAAAGCGCCGUGCGCCUCCUGGUCGAGCUGGCCUCGCUGCAGACCUCGUUUGUGACCCUGGACGAUGUCAUCAAGGUAACCAAUCGUCGUGUCAAUGCCAUCGAACAUGUGAUCAUACCGCGCAUUAAUCGCACCAUUGAGUACAUCAUCAGUGAACUGGAUGAGCUGGAGCGUGAGGAGUUCUAUCGCUUGAAGAAGAUCCAGGACAAGAAGCGAGAGGCCCGCAAGUCAGCCGACAAGCGGCGUGAGGAGCUGCGUCGCCUGGGCGAUCUCGCCGCCAACGAGGAGGUCCAGAACAUCCUCGACGAAGAUGGCGAUGAGGAUCUGUUGUUCUAGCCUCACACACACCACCUCCACACACACUGCUACCUCACCCGAUACCCCUACCCCACCACUACCAAACUGACUCUUGUUCCUGUUCCCUCUUCCUGUUGCAUAUUGUUCAUUGGGAUAUCCACAUAAAUGUCUCCCGUUUAUCGUUCUUGUUGGAAAUAUACUCGUAUUGUUGUAUAUUGUA